AUGGCCUUCACCCCGGAUACUGUGGACGAUCUCAUCACUCAACUUUCGACGGAUCCCGACCCCUCGCGCGAAGCCGUCGCGUUGGAGCUCGGCGUGCUUCAGAGCAUAUAUGGGGAGGAAGCCGUCCAACUAUGGAAACCCCCGUCGCGCGAACGUAGCAAGUCGCCGGACCAUCGCCCAGGAGUACAAAACAUAGACCGACAACACCCAGAUCCCGGGACGAUCCGAUACGAAGUAACCCUGGAGAUUGACUCUGUGGACGGUUCAGAGCAGUCGUACCCCGUCAACAUCCUCGUCUCUCUCCCACCAAAGUACCCGACCUCUGCCCCUCCUCAACUACAGCUCCUCUCGCGAUAUAUCGGCCCAUUUGGCGUCGAUGCCCCGCUCUUUGGAACUGUACUGCGGACGUACAUAUCUCAGGGCGCGGUCGAGUGGGCACCGGAUGGGGAGUGCGUAUUCGAUGGGCUGGAGUGGGUGAAGGAGCGUUGUGUGGAAUGGCUUCGUGAACGUUUCAGCGAAAGAAAGGUAGGCCAGCUGCUGAGAGAGGACGAGAGGGCGCGUGGGCAUGAUGCAUUGAGGCAUGAGAGCGAGGACAAGACCGGCGAUGGGGGAAUGGUCCACGCGGCGGUGGUUGACACACCCGUGCAGAUGCCCACGGGCAUCAACAUCUUUGAGGCGGAGCCUAUCCAAGACCGCAAGAGUUCAUUUGUCGGCCGCGCGUGUCGUAUAACCGAUCCUGCGCAGGUCCCCAUCAUCCUCGCCCACCUCAUGUCAGACCGCCGUAUCGCCCGCGCGGCUCAUCCUAUCAUCAACGCAUGGCGGUGUCGCGUCGGCAGUAUUCUGCACCAAGACAACGAUGACGACGGAGAGACCGCAGCUGGCGGGCGUCUGGCACACCUACUACAGAUCUUGGAGGUCGACGAUGUCCUCGUAGUCGUAACGCGCUACUUUGGCGGCAUUCAUUUAGGUCCGGAUAGGUUCAAGCAUAUCAACCAAGCAGCGCGUAACGCGCUCGAGCUCGGCGGGUUCUUAGACGUUACUAAUGACGAACACGGAGGACGAAGACAUGGAAAAUCUGGAAGGGGCGCCACCAAACGAUGACAAUGUAUGCAUCUACGCGGCCUAGCUUGUACGCAGGGUUGCGCCUUUUCGUCCUUCCUCUCAGGCAUAUAUGGCU